UUGGGAAUGUACCAACGUUAUAUCGAUUAAGGGUUUAUCAUCUGAAUCUGACUCUACUCUAGAACUUAUCAUGUUCUAUCAUUUCGUUUCACAUGUGAAAUUUUAAUUUUAUAAAAUAUAUUUUAAGCUUAUAAAUAUUUAAAAUUUUAAGAAUUACAUAUUUGAUUAUCUUGAAUUAAAAUUGAUUAAACUAGUCGAACACCCAAUUAAUUUUGAUUCAUUUCCUUUCUCAAUCAUGAACCAUUGAUUUGAUGAUGAUCAAACCAAACUUUGACUAGGUAUGCACUAGAAAAUUUUUGAGCCAACAUUUUCCAUGGCCAUGUUUGUACAUUUAUUUCACAAAGCAUGCUCUAAGGCCUAUAAAUAGAUACCCAAAUCACAGAGUGAAUCCAAAAUAACUAAAAGCAAAGGUGAUGGCCAAUCCAAGAUGUCAUGUCAUUGUUAUCCCUUACCCUGCUCAAGGUCACAUUAACCCCCUCCUUCAGUUCGCUAAACGCUUGGCUUCCAAAGGAGUCAAGGCCACUCUCGCCACCACCCCUUACACAAUAAACUCGAUCCAUGCCCCCACAGUAGGUGUUGAGCCCAUCUCUGAUGGCUUUGAUGAAGGCGGCUUCAAGCAAUCCUCAGGUGUAGAGGCAUACCUAGAAUCAUUCAAAGCUGUUGGUUCAAGAACUCUUAGUGAGCUGAUCUUGAAAUUCAACGCCUCGGACUCCCCUGUUAGGUGUAUUGUGUAUGAUUCAUUGCUGACUUGGCCUGUUGAUGUAGCUAGACAAUUUGGGAUUUAUGCUGCUGUAUUUUUGACCAAUUCAGCUUCUGUUUGCUCCAUGUAUUGGCAAAUUGAUCAGGGUCUACUCAAUCUUCCUGUGGAACAAGAAACUGUGCCAGUGUCUUUGCCGGGCCUUCCUUCACUAGGCUUCCAAGAAUUGCCGAGUUUUCUGGCAUCCCCAACAACUCAAUCUGCUUAUUUAGCAGCAAUCUUGGAGAAAUUUCACAGUUUGGACAAAAAUGAUUGGGUGUUCUGCAACUCCUUCGAAGAGCUAGAGAUUCAGCUAGUAGGAGCCAUGAGAGGACUGUGGCCAGUGGUGAUGGUAGGUCCAAUGGUGCCAUCUGCCUACUUAGACCAACAAAUUGAUGGAGAUACAGCUUAUGGGGCCAGUCUCUGGGAACCAACAACUGACCAGUGCUUGAGAUGGCUAGACAUGAAGCCACCAGACUCAGUAAUAUACGUGUCAUUUGGAAGCAUGGCAGACAUUUCAGCUAAACAGGUUGAAGAAAUGGCAUGGGGUUUGGAAGCAAGCAAAAGGCCUUUCCUAUGGGUUAUCAAGGAUUCAGAAAAUAAGCUACCAGAUGAUUUUAUAAGCUCAAUAGGCGAGACAGGGAUAGUCGUGGCAUGGUGCAACCAACUAGAGGUCCUAGCUCACCAAGCGGUGGGCUGCUUUGUUACACACUGUGGAUGGAAUUCUACAUUGGAGGGGCUGAGCCUAGGCGUGCCAAUGGUAUGCGUGACACAGUGGAGCGACCAGCCAACAAACGCCAAGUUUGUAGAGGAAGUAUGGAAGGUGGGAGUAAGAGCUGAGAAAGAUGAAGAGGGGAUUGUAAGGAGAAAGGAACUUGAGAAAUGUAUAAGGGAGGUUAUGGUUGGAGAGAGGAGUGGAGAGAUGAAGAAUAAUGCAUCUAAAUGGAGAGAUCUUGCAAAGGUUGCUGUCAGACUCGGUGGGAGCUCAGAUACCAAUGUUGAUCAAUUUGUAGUGAAGUUGCUAGAUGAGAAGAAAACAUAAUUUGUCACAGCUUGAAUCUUGAUGGAUCAAUAAAAUCAUGUAUCACCCCACUGAGGUUUAUCUUGCGUUAUAA